AUACAUAUAUAUCAUAGAAAAACCAAACCUUCAUCUUCAUUUUUCUUCAUCCUAAAUACAGUAUAUAUACAAACACUCUCUCUAUUGAUCAUUUAUAGAUUAUAGCUAUGAGUAAUUUUAAUGAUGAUAGAAACCAUGAUGAUGAACAUAAUUAUUAUCCAUUUGGAAAUAUCUAUCGUGGAUCAAGUCAGAGCAAUUUCAACAAAAAAAUCUUGUUAACAGCCAUAGUUUCUUUAAUACUUGUAUUAAUUUUGGUCUUUGCUCUUCAUCUCUACGCAAGAUAUGUUCUCAAACGCCAAGCUCGUCGGAGAGCCGCCAUUCAUCAACUCAGCCUCACCGUCGCUCAAGCUCAUACACAAUUCACCGAACCAGCUAGCACUGGACUCGACCAAACCCUCAUCGCUACUCUUCCAACUUUCCUCUUCAAAGGUAAACAACAAGACAAAAAACAAAACAAUGAUGUUUUGAAUGUUGUUGAAUGUGCAGUGUGUUUGAGUGUUGUAGAGGAUGAAGAAAUGAUGAGGUUGCUUCCAAAUUGUAAGCAUAGUUUCCACGUGGGUUGCAUCGAUAAGUGGUUAGCUUCACAUUCCACGUGUCCAAUUUGUCGAACCAAGGUUGAACCGCGGCUAGAACCAGAGGCACGUGAGGGUCCCACUUUGUUCGAACCACCAUUAGAAGGUACAUCGGAUGGUGAUGGUGGUGUUAGUGGGUCCCCAAAAAAUAUUUCACGGUUGAGCUCUUUUCGAAGGAUUCUUACUAGAGAUAGAUCUUCGAGACGAAUCCAACCUUCUAGUACUCCACGUGAUGAUGUUAUUAUUGAUCGUGAUUUAGAAAGGCAAUAAUUUUUAUUAUUCAAGAAAGUUUAGAUUAGGAGAUACAUGUUCAUGUAAGGUUAGAGAGAACUAUUUAAUUCAUGGAUGAUUUGCAUAUAAUCUAUCAACUAUGAAAUUUCAGACUUCUUCAGUUCAAGUCAAAGUAAGUGCGAACGAAAAUUCAAGCAUUCGUGUCAACUGCAGAUGGUAUGAUGAGGGUUUGAUUAUAUAUUGUUGUUAUUAUGAUGUGGUAUUACAUAUAUGGUUUAACCUUCAUUGGCAUUGAAUAGUAGAAAGGGGUGAAAAAAUGAUGAUGUAAUAUUUUUGAAUAUUUUUUUGUAUAUGUUAUUUUAGUCAAAGUAUGAGCGGUUUUGGUGUUGAAUUUCAAUUAUCGUAUGUUAUUAUAUUUAUUUUUUGGAAAGGAUUUGGUGUUUGGUAACGUGGGUUAACGUAAUAUAAUGACUGCUAGUAUAUAAUAUGGGCAUGUUAGGUGCUUGCUCCAUGUGAUGUGAGCUUAGCAAAUUAAAUGUCUUAAUUAAGUGAACAUUUUUAUUUUAAAUUUUAAAUUUGUGGUGGUUUUGUUUUGUUUUAUUGGGGGUGUGAACGAAUUUGGUGAGGGAAACCAAGAAUCAUGAUCCCUAUAAUUGGGAUUUGUGUUGAGGGAAAUAAAUAUGUAUUAAGUUAGCAAAGGAGCAGAUAGAACCUUUGAACUCUGAUUGAUGAUAGAUUUGUUUUAUCAAACUAGUAGUAGAAUUUUUGGUAUCUAGUUUAUUGGUCCCUCUAAUUGAAUCCAUAAAAGUGGUUUAUUGUUGGCCCACAUUUGAAUAAAGAGCAGAGAAAGGGUGGGUCUUGUGGAAGUAGGUCAUGUAGGGUAAUGGAGUAGGGUUGGUGUGAAUCCGCAUAUAUGGUGGCCGGAGCAAGGUUGAAGGGUCGAUGCGAGGAGCCCUUGCAUACUACCACGAACACGGAAUUUAGUGGUAGUCAAAUUUGUAUUUAGUGGCGAUUAAAAGUGAUGGUUGAAAAACAAUGUAGAAAUUGAUGCUAUUAUAAAUUUUAGUGAUGAUUUUCAUCUAACUACCAAAAUAACCGUCACAAUGUUGAUUGUUGUAUGAAACAUUGUUUACUCCAAUGUUUAUCGUUGGUCAAUGGCAACCGUUGUUAUCCAACCGUCUCUAAAUUGCGCUUAUUUGUAAUGGCACAAAUAGCAUUAU